AGUUCAAGCAGUCCUCUCUGUUUCUGUUCCUGCUUGGAUACCGGGGUUGUUGGAUCCUUUUAGAGAUGUCAGAGCCGUGAGAAGAGGUGCUGUUGAUGUAAACUCCCUCUGCUGCAAUGUCAUCCUGCUCAUAGGACCCUCAUGACACACAGCAGCAUCAUGGUGGAUGUAGGCAAGUGGCCAAUAUUUACCUUACUGUCACCUCAAGAAAUAGCAUCCAUUCGGAAGGCGUGUGUGUUUGGAACAUCGGCCAAUGAAGCUAUUUACAUAACGCACAAUGAUGAGGUAUUUGUUUUUGGACUGAAUUGCAGUAAUUGUCUGGGAACUGGAGAUAAUCAGAGCACAAUAGUACCAAAGAAAUUAGAAGCCUUAUGUGGAAAGAAGAUCUCCAGUCUCAGUUAUGGAAGUGGACCCCAUGUUGUACUUUGUACUGAAGAUGGUGAAGUGUAUGCUUGGGGACAUAAUGGUUACAGUCAGCUUGGAAAUGGCACAACCAAUCAGGGCAUUACUCCUGUUCAAGUUUGCACAAAUCUGUUAAUAAAGAAAGUGGUGGAAGUAGCUUGUGGCUCUCAUCAUUCCAUGGCGCUGUCGUUGGAUGGGGACCUGUAUGCUUGGGGCUAUAACAACUGUGGUCAAGUUGGAUCUGGAUCUACGGCAAACCAGCCAACUCCUCGCCGAGUUUCAAACUGUUUGCAGGGUAAAAUUGUAGUUGGCAUCGCUUGUGGUCAGACCUCCUCCAUGGCUGUAGUAAACAAUGGUGAGGUUUAUGGCUGGGGUUACAAUGGCAAUGGCCAGCUGGGGCUGGGAAACAACGGCAAUCAACUCACACCCUGCAGAGUGGCAGCGCUGCACAGUGUGUGCGUGCUCCAGAUUGCCUGUGGCUAUGCGCACACACUAGCACUAACAGAUGAGGGUUUGCUCUAUGCCUGGGGAGCUAACACUUACGGGCAGCUGGGAACUGGCAAUAAAAGUAACCAGCUAAGCCCGGUGCAGAUCAUGAUGGAAAAAGAAAGGGUUGUGGAGAUUGCAGCCUGCCACUCUGCUCACACAUCAGCUGCCAAGACCCAGAGUGGCCAGGUGUACAUGUGGGGCCAGUGCCGAGGGCAGUCCGUGACCUUCCCCCACCUCACCCACUUUGCCUGCACUGACGAUGUGUUUGCUUGCUUUGCUACCCCUGCCGUUAUGUGGCGUCUGCUGUCAGUAGAGCAUGAAGACUUUUUAACAGUAGCAGAGUCUCUGAAGAAAGAGUUUGACAGCCCGGAAACCUCAGAUCUAAAGUUCCGUGUGGAUGGAAAGUACAUCUAUGUCCACAAAGCUGUUCUGAAAAUCAGGUGUGAACACUUCAGAACAAUGUUCCAGUCAUACUGGAAUGAGGAUAUGAAGGAAGUGAUAGAAAUAGACCAGUUUUCUUAUCCUGUGUAUCGUGCCUUUCUUGAGUACUUGUAUACAGACAGUGUUGACCUUCCGCCUGAAGAUGCAAUAGGGCUUUUGGAUUUGGCUACUUCGUACUGUGAAAACAGACUGAAAAAACUGUGUCAGCACAUCAUCAAGAGAGGAAUUACUGUGGAAAAUGCAUUUUCAUUGCUCUCUGCUGCUGUGAGAUAUGAUGCAGAGGACCUAGAGGAAUUCUGCUUUAAGUUUUGUGUCAAUCAUUUGACAGAAGUGACACAAACUACAGCAUUUUGGCAAAUGGAUGGUCCACUGCUAAAGGAAUUCAUUGCUAAAGCCAGUAAAUGUGGAGCCUUUAAGAACUGACAUGGGGCUGUAAGUUACGGUGCUGGUAGGGAGGUUUUUUGCAGUUACAGGAGGAUGCCAUAACUGUACGGGUACAGCAAGCAUUAUGUGGUCUCUUGCACCAGAAGACGUGAAAGGCCACUGUGAAAACAAAUGUUUUCAGUGCUCCAGAGCGAACUGAUGUACAAAUGUCAAGGAAAAUAUUCACCUUCAUUUAACCAAGUUGGAUGGUGGAACCAGCUCGAGAUUUGAGACAGGAAAUGCUGCGGUAUGCAAAGGACACUGGCCGGUGUUAUGGACUUACCUUUCUAGCCUAGGAAAUCUCAGUUCCAGCACUGCCUGCUCCUGUGUUCGGUUUACGUUUUGGGGUCGGAGCCACUGAAUGAUGUCACUUAAAUCAUUAACUCCCUGGGAUUAUAGAGAAGCAAAUGGCAUGGUUAUUUCUUACUGCAUUUGCAUGAUAUUGAAUGAAUUGACCAUUUGCUGUGUGUAAUCAACCAAGUGUAUCCAGUGCUUAAAGUGUGCAAAAAUAAUGUAUCCUCAAAGCCUAGGCAAGUGACUUUUGAGGAAAGGAGUUACUAGCAAAACUAAUUGGGAGUAAAUCUCUAUAUUUGGGUAUAUUUUAAUAUAAGUUGUAAUAUGUACUUUGUGUAAUCUGUUCAAGCAAUAUUUAUAAUGCUUAAUGGAAAUAAUUCCCUCUUGAGUGACUUCAGAUUACAUUGGUUCCCUCAGAGGGGAAGGGAUAUACUGUACUGAAAGUUGGGUGGGGUUUUGCUUUUAAGUACUGUCUAAAUUUAAACUACAUGUAAUAAAAUUUAAUUUUUUUGGUACCUGUU